AUGUCUUUCGCCAGAGCAGCUUCCCUGCGUUCCGCCCUCCGAUCCUCGGCGCGCCGGACGAUCCGUCCCCAGUUCCGUUCCCAGGUCGGCCAGAAGACCUACGCCAGCCAACAUGGCGCGAAGCCCCAGAGCGAGCUUCCUCUUGCCAUUGGCUCAGCAGUCGUCUUCGCCGCCGGCCUGGCCGUCAUCCAGCCAUGGAGCGGCCCCGCGCCGUCCAAGGGCCACGGCGCUGCUCAUGCCAAGCAUGAUGAGGAGGAGAAGCACGAUGAGUCUGAGGAGAAGGAGGAGAAGGAAGAGGAGUCAAAGUCUGAGGACAAGGAGGAGUCAAAGCCCGAGGAGAAGGAGGAUGAUAAGUCUGAAAAGAAGAAGGAUGUGAAGUCUGAGGAGAAGUCAGAGGAUAAGAAGGAAGACAAGUCCGAGAAGCCCGAGGAUGAGAAGAAGGAAGAAAAGUCCGAGGACAAGCCUAAGGAAGAGUCUAAGGACGAGAAGAAGGGUGAGGAGAAGGAAGAGAAGUCUGAUAAUAAGCAGGAGAAGUCUGACGACAAGAAGGAGAAGUCUGAUGAUAAGAAGGAGAAGUCUGAUGACAAGAAGGAGGAGAAGUCUGACGACAAGAAGGAAGACAAGCCCGAGGAGAAGAAGGACGAGAAGAAGGACGAGAAGAAGGACGAGAAGAAGGACGAGAAGAAGGACGAGAAGAAGGAAGAGAAGAAGGAGGACAACUAA